GAUAAUAUUGACACCAAUAAAGGAGUCAAGGAAUUUCUCACUUUGAUUUCUCAGCACUUAAACUACAAUUUGGGAAUUAUAUGCCUAUCAAUAGAUGACAUAAAGGAACUCAAUAGCCCACCCAGCACACUUAUGUUUCAAGAGUCACAAAUAUCAUGCAUAAUACAUCAAGCUGUGGAAAUACAGUCUCAAUCAUCUGAAGUUCCUAUUAAGUUCAUCAUAGCAUGCUCUGACAAGGAUACAAAAGGUCAUCGUGAUGAAGCCAAAAGGCUCCUUCUUAAAGCAAUUAAUAAGGAAACUGCUAGGCUGAGUGAACCACUUCAAGUAUCUGUAUUAGUUCUUGAUCCAUCUUCAUCUGAUGACAUGAAGAAACUGAACAUUGCAUUAGAUAUGAAUUUACCUCUAGCAAGAAGAUAUAUCAAACUGUCCUGGUUGUUUUUGCGUGAUGCACUAAAUGAUAUAGAUGAAAUAGUCAUUCCUUACAACAAAUUAAAGGAGAUUGCAGGCAAAUUAAAUAUUCAAGAAAUGGAAUUGAAAGAGUUUUUGGAAACUUUUACCAAAUUUAUGAGCAUCCUUUAUCUACCAGGAAUCAAAUCACUUGAAAAUGUUGUUAUUCUUCGUCCAGUAGAAUUCAUUAACACAAUGUCGUCUCUCUUUAAAACACCAGAUGACAGAGAUUUUGAUGGUGUUUAUACCAUGGAUCAGCUAAAUAAAAUGAUUCCCAACAAAAAACUAGCAGAUACAGUCACAAAAGCUCUUUGUUCAGUUGGUUUAGCAAUAAAAACUACAAUCGACAAAGUAAACAUACGGACAUCAGAAUUAAAAAAUCCCAAGGCUCCUUUGCUUUUUGUGCCUUUAGCAAGAAGUGGUCAAGUAUUAGAAAAAUGUCAUGUGACUUCACUAUUUAUAGUUUUUAACUCAAAAGUGAUUCAGCCUGACUGCCAGUCAUUUUUUAUAUCCGAGUUACUCAAACUAGCAGGAUCUUCUCUACAAUCUGGAUCAGAUUAUCACUAUCAUUUAAAUGUUUUCAAAAUAUUAUUAGUAAUUUUACGCCAAGACUAUUACUUCUCCAUUAUAUUUCGAGGUACAAGCAUUGAUGUUGUAAUGGAAAACUAUGGAGAUUCCAAUGAUGUUUUUAAAACGAUUAUAAUAUGUUGUAAAGAAGCACUAUCAAAAAUGAGUAGUAUUCGCAAAAACUUUUCUUACAAGUUAGCAUUGUCAUGUCUCACACCAAGACCAACAUUUCAUGCAGCUGAUGAUUAUAUUGAUCCAGCAAAAAGAAUUUUUGAUUAUUUACUUCCAAACACUAAGCUGUGCUAUCAUUGUGAACGAUCAGAUAGUCCACUGAGAAAGAAAUGGAAAGAUGCUAUUCAAAAGAUACAUGAAAAUGAAGAAAAAAGAAAAGAACGAGUAAAUGUUGAGAAACUGAUAGAACUGGCUCAGAGCUUAGGCUCAGUCAUUAAAUCAACCCAGACUCUGAAGAACUUGGCAGCUCAAUUACGAGUUAGAGUUGAGCAAGAGUAUAUUGUAGUUUUAUCAAAAUCAUGUUUACCAUGGCAACGAGUUCUUAUGAUCCUUUUAAUGUGGGAGAAGAAAGAAGAGGCAACAAAAGAAACACUUAAAGAUGUUUUAAUACGUUUGGGAUAUCCAACUGUACUUUUAGAUUAAAAAUUAAUUUUAUCUCUGAAUGUUGAUGCAUUGUCUAUGCUUUAAAACUGCUACAUGUAUUUUAAAUUAAAAUUUGCCGCAUA